UUAGACACUCUUUGUGAAUCCGAUGAGCUUAGAAAAGCUAGUGAGCUCUUCAGCACGCAGCGAGAGAAUCUCAUGGAGGCUGUCGCCAUAUUUUGUAAACCGAGGUUCCAAUACAAGCCACUGGUUGCAGAGACCGUUUCCACUCUUGCUCACGUCUUGUAUACACUUGCCAUCUAUCGGGUGUCCCUGCAGGCAUACUACGCCCUACUGUCCUUCAAGACUGAAGCCAGGGCUGUGAAGAAUGAUAGGGAAGUGGCACUCAUCCGCAGGAUGCUUGGGUGUAUACAUUACAAACUUGCUGAGUACAAAGAAGCCACAGAAAAUGUUCUCAAAGCGCUCGAGUGGUAUCACCAAGACCAAGGAUCUUCCAUUAAUAUCCCUCUGUGUUUUCACACCCUAGGGUUAAUCCACGGAGAGAGUGGCAAUUUGCCCCGCGCCCUCGAGAUGUUUCAGAAUACACUCCAAUGGUGUGAAGCCCACGGCGAUGAAGAAAUCAAGAUGGUUUGUCUCUUCAGUAUCGAGAUGGCCAAACUGCUCUGUGCUGCGUCAGAUUUCGACAAGGCAGACGAAGAGUUCACGGCGUCCGUUCAGCAGCACCUUUCCUUGUGUGACGAAAAGGUGGAACACAACCAGAACGGGGUCGGAAUAGACUUUAACAUCGGCAGAGCGAGACGGAUGUCACGUGAUUGUGACACCAGGGGGGCGGUGUUGGAGAUGAGGAGGGGCUUUCGUAGAAUUUUAGGAGAUUAUCCAUACACGUCUCUAAACUUGAUCGUGUUUGUCGAACUACUGUUUUUGCGACCAGAACAUUCAGAUUUUCACUCUCUUCUGGAUUCUGCGUGUAAAGUGUUUCAAGAAGUAUGCGACAACGAGGAUACCGCCAUCAUGUUCUUGUUUAAGGCGCUCCAUGCUGGCAAAGAUGAAGCAAUGUCGGACUACAACCACGCACUGGAGAUUCUCCGGCAAAUUUUGGGGGACCAUCUGCUGACUGUGAUUACGCUUCGCAACAAGGCUCAGUUUCUUCAAGGCAUAAGGAUAAUGGACGAAUCCUGCGCAGCUUACAGGGAGUCUUUGUCAAUGGUGUCCAGGAUCGUCUGCGAUCACCCGCUCCACGCGACCGUGCUUCACGAGCUGGGGCUCGUGAUGGCCGACUUGGGGCUGAAAGAUGAUGGCCUCUGGCACUGCGAGCGAGCAUUGGAAAUGAGACAAAGAAUCCUUGGAGAGGACCACAAGAGCACCAUAGAAUCUAAGAAGGCCGUCAGAAGUUUAGCUGAUACAUUUGAAGAGCUAGACCUUUGUGGUGACAGUGAAGACGAGUGGUGAGACGCGGGUCCUACAGGACCAGCUGACGUCUGAGACGCGGGUCCUACAGGACCAGCUGACGUCUGAGACGCGGGUCCUGCAGGAGCAGCUGACA